GUGGUAAAAAGAUUGAAAAAUAUCGGAGUGGAGCCCAACUGUGCGGUCUCUCCCACUCUUCCAUCUCCAUUUGCAUCAGCUCCAUUCUCUAAACUUCCACACCGCUUUCUCUCUCUCUCUCUCUAUCUCUCCAAACUCAAUCCAAAACCCCCAAAUUCUACCUUCUUCAACCCUAGAAACUCCCAAUUUGCUUCCGGAAAACCCUUUCUUCUCCCUUCAACCAUGCUCCAAUUCUUCUUCACCGUCGCUUUCUCCGCAGUUCCUCUUACUCUCUACGUUCCUCCACUCCGUAGCUUCAAUCUCUUCGUCGAGACCAUGGAGGAGAUACUUCGCGAGUCUCGAACAUACACCAAUCGAGUCUAUCCCCGAGCUCGGCAUGUUUGGUUGAGGGUUUUGGAUUGUAUUCUUUGCAGCACCAGGUAGAUUGUUUUUCUUCUUUUUUCUUUUCAAGAUUUCCCAACCCCAGGACUCUCAUCUCUCUGUAAAUAUUCUUUUCUUUUCAUAAGAUUUGAUUGAGUGUGGUUUGUGGUGCUGACUCCUCAUACUCUUCUUGCGGGAUUCCGUUGUAAAUUGCUUCAUGUAAAAUGUAAGAGGAUGUGCUUCUACUUAACUUUUAGAAAUAAAAUAAAAUAAAAUGAAGAGAUGAUGUUCACAAGUUAAUA